CUUCUAGGAUGCCAAAAACACCGCUGUAGCUGUCGAAUGUCCUCCAACGCAGCCGUCGAAUUGCGCUAUGGAGACCUCGUCCGUGUUCAUGUGCUUCCCCUGCUACAAGGAGUUCGACACACUAGAGGAGGUGAUCAAGCACCAGUUAACAUGCACCGCAGAGGAAGACCCAUCUGGACCCGUGCCUGCCAACUAUUCUGAACCGGCGACUCAGCAACAUAUACUCAAUGCAUCAAGGACAGUUGAAGUUCCCCAGGUUUCUAUUGGGACCCUUGAACAAGGUGCGAGUGAAGUACAGCAGGCAGAAGAUGUCAACGAACUGUCCGCAGACCAGCCCAGGAUCCUGUACCAAUGCGGCGAUUGCAGUGAGCUCUUCAACAGCCUGGUCCUCUGGCAGCAGCAUCGCAAAGAAGGGACAUGUCAUCAGCGCGAAGCCGCUGGUGCAUCCGUUUCAGAUCCACAACCACCGCAAGAACCCGCCUCUGCCCAAGACUCAACUUCCGCUUUAGUGCAAGCCAAGGAUCCGGAUGACCAGGAGUUUGACGUUAGUGAGAUUGCUAGACAUGAGCCCAUGCAGAGCGUUGUGGAAGAGGAGCAGGAGAGGCAGGAGGAACAGGAGAUCCUGAUGACCACUGUAGCCCAGAGCCCCGAUGCUCCAGCUUCUGAAGUGAUCACUGUUAACCCCAAUGCAGAUGAUUCAUCCCCAAGGAGAAGAGGGGCUGGUAAAAAGCCCAAACCUGAGGCGGUUCUACUCUGCGUGGACUGCGGUUCAUGUUUCAGCUUUGUGUCGGAGCUUGUGGCCCACCGCAAGAACCAACACGGCUUUGAGGAAGCCCUGCACCGCUGCUCUGUGUGUGGGGAGUGCUUCCUAAACACAACCCUCUUUCUCUACCAUCGCAAGCAACACAGGCAGAAAGGAGAGGAAAACGUGGCUGUAGUGUCGGAAAAGCAGGCCGACAACUGCACAGAGGGUAGCACCAUAGUGGAGCAGGUGCAGAACCCCACUCUGACCAACAUAACCUUUGUGCAGCCUGAGCUGUUCAUGUGCACUGAAUGUGGGGAGAGCUUCAGCGACGAUGCCGGGCUUUUCACGCACCGAAGAGAGAAACACAACCUACAGGAGGCGCUGCACACAUGCAUGCACUGCGCAGAGAGCUUCAUGAACACCACCUUGUACCUGUACCACCGCCGGCAACACAACUACAUGUCACCGAUAGAAGAAGCUGAUGGAGCUGAAACUGUAGAGGAAAUGGUCACCACCACACCUCACGAGAGCUCAAAACGACUCCUCAUGUCACCCAAUGAGUCUGGCUCACCUUCAUCUAAAAGAAGUCGGCCAACAAUCCGGAUCUUGCAGGGAACCAAAGCUUUAGGAUCCAAAGAGGACUCAGAAGGCAACACAGACCCCGACACCAAAAACAUGCCCCCGCCUGCCAAGCUCAUGCAGGACUGGGCUAGAACACCUCUGCCACACGUCUGUCCUUACUGCGGCAAAACCUUCACCCGGAGAGUCUUCCUCCGCACGCAUGUGUUCAGCCACACUGGAGAGAAACUCUUCACAUGCAAGGUGUGCACAAAGUCCUUCACCAAUUCCCAGAGCCUCCUGCGCCACAGCAUGAGCCACAGGGGCAUCAAGCCCUUCACCUGCGACGUUUGUGGCAAGAGCUUUUCCCAGGCUGCAGCCCUCAGGAGGCACAAACACAUCCACAUGUCCACGGAGCCUCCGCGCAAGCGUGGACGCAAACCAGCAUAUCGAGUGGACAGCGAAGGAGCUGCACAUCUGUUUGAUUGUCCGCAGUGCCCAUCCAGGUUUAUCACAGAAGAUCAGCUCAACCAUCACAAGCUGCUCCACACCAGCCACCCCUUCCCCUGCAGUGAAUGCGGUGAAGCUUUCAAACGGCGGAAGGACCUCGACCUACACUCCCUUACUCAUCAAGACAAACAGCCCGUGGUGUGUCCUCACUGUGCAUCCCAGUUUGUCAACCAGUCGGUGCUGGACAUCCACCUGCAGCGCUGCCCGACUACAGAGGAAGAAAGGAACUCUGGUCGUGGACGUGGCCAGGGCCGAGGACGCUCCACAGGACAGAUUGAGUGUGACCUUUGUGGCCACCGCUGCAUGACCCAGGAGGGCCUGGACCUCCAUCGACUGUCCCACACGGGCCAGACUCCGCUCAAGUGUCCGAUGAGGCCCUGCAGGCGGCGGUUUACCAGCAACAAAUCCCUGGAGGAGCACGUCCUGGCCCAUUUCCAGGGCACACUCCAGAAACCCAAAGCUAGGACCCGUUUCCAAUGCCAGAUCUGCAAAAAGGAAUUUGCCUACAAUUCCACCUUCAAAGUUCACAUGAGGACACAUACGGAUGAGCGUCCCUUCGAGUGUGCCACAUGCGGGAAGCGCUUCCGCCAGCUUCCCCACCUGCAAGACCACGAGCGCAUCCACAGCGGGGCGCGGCCCUUCUGCUGCUGGAUCUGCGGCAAGAGCUUCAGCGUGGCUGCCCGCCUCACCGAGCACGCCCGAACCCACAGCGGCGAGAAGCCGUACCCAUGCCCGCACUGCUCCGCCGCCUUCCGCUCCCGCUCCAACCUGGACAAGCACAUCCUGCAGCACGAAGACCUCCCGCCUGAGAGCACCGAGGAGGCCAUCCAGGCGCUGGAGGCCGCUCACGUCCAGAAGGUCCUGGAGGGGGCCAAAGUGCUCUCCUCCCUGGCCACCACAGAGGUGGACGCUGGGACCGUCCAGACCAUCUACGUGCUGCAGGAGGCGGGAGGCACCGAGGCCGUCAUGAUCCCCGCUGACCAGCUGGGUGCCAUGGAGGGAGCCUCGCAGGUGGUCAUUCUGCCGUCUUCUGUGCUGGACUCCCAGUCCAUCACAGUCCCCACCAUCUCCAUGGAAGACAGUGAGAUCACUAUGGUGACAACCAGCCAGUCGCCCCAGCAUUCCAUCGAGUUCAUUGUGGAGGAGACCGUCUGAGCCACGCUUGAUAAACAUCGCCUUCGUGAUAGUGUUCCCCUUCUCGCCUUCAUCUGCUGUUUGGCUUCAGUGUAAAUGUAAAGAUGAAUUUGCAGAAUGAAUCCACGCCAAUAGAUGGGUUUAAAUAAUUGACCUGAUCUGACAGGAUGAGUCAUUCCUCCCAUGAACGCGCUGCGAGUGAGGAAGAGAGGAAUGUCGACCUGCUGUUGUCUGUAAAAUGUCUUCUGCUUUCUUUUUAAUAA